GGAAGAUGGCUGCUACGUCUUCGUUGCAGGCAGACGGCGACAAAGGCAAGAGCAGUGAGGCCAGUUCGAAAUGGCUGAACGCAGUUUCCGAUCCCAUGACGAACAUCCACACCUUUCCCGCCUGCAUGGCGCUGGCCGAUUUGCACGGGGACGGGGAGUACGAGCUGGUCGUGGGAGACCUUGGCCCAGAUGGGCGGCAGCCCCGCCUGAAGGUGCUUAAAGGAACAGUGCUGAGGGAAAGCCCGCUACCUGCCCUGCCAGCUGCUGCUGUCACCUUCCUCAUGGAGUCACAUGAGCCCCAGACACCAGCAGUGGCAAUCGCAUCAGGCCCUUGUGUGUAUAUGUAUAAGAAUCUCAAGCCCUACUUCAAGUUCAGCCUGCCCCCAUUGCCUGUAAACCCCCUGGAACAAGACGUUUGGAAUCAGGCCAAAGAGGACCGGAUUGACCCCUUGACCCUGAAGGAGAUGCUGGAAGGCAUCAGGGAGAAGGCAGAGGUGCCUUUGUCUGUACAGUCACUCAGGUUUCUGCAGGUGGAGCUGAGUGAGAUGGAGGCGUUUGUGAACCAGCACAAGUCCAAGUCCAUCAGGCGGCAGACAGUCAUCACCACCAUGACCACCUUAAAGAAGAACCUGGCUGACGAGGAUGCUGUGUCCUGCCUGGUGCUGGGCACUGAGAGCAAGGAGCUCCUGGUACUAGACCCGAAGGCCUUCACCAUUCUGGCCAAGAUGAGCCUCCCCAGCGUCCCUGUCUUCCUGGAGGUUUCUGGCCAGUUUGAGGUGGAGUUUCGUCUUGCCGCUGCCUGCCGCAACGGGAGCGUCUAUAUGCUGAGAAGAGACUCCAAGCGCCCCAAGUACUGCAUCGAGCUGAGCGCCCAGCCUGUGGGGCUUGUCCUUGUGCACAAAGUCCUGGUGGUGGGCAGCAACCAAGACAGCCUGCACGGCUUCACCCACAAGGGUAAGAAGCUGUGGACAGUGCAGAUGCCUGCAGCCAUCCUGGCCAUGAACCUCCUGGAGCAGCACUCCCGGGGCCUGCAGGCCGUCAUGGCCGGGCUGGCCAAUAGAGAGGUCCGCAUUUACCAGGACAAGGCCCUGCUCAACAUCAUCCACACACCGGAGGCAGUGACCAGCCUUUGCUUUGGCCGCUUUGGACGGGAAGAUAACACCCUCAUCAUGACUACACAAGGCGGUGGCCUGAUCAUGAAGAUCCUCAAGCGCACAGCAGUGUUUGGGGAGGGGGGAGGUGAGGCGGACCCCCUACUAAGCCAGCCCGUGAAACUCAAUGUGCCCCGGAAGACCCGGAUCUAUGUGGACCAGACGCUGCGAGAGCGGGAAGCUGGCACCGCCAUGCACCGGACCUUCCAGGCGGACCUCUACCUGCUGCGUCUCCGGGCGGCCCGUGCCUACGUGCAGGCCCUUGAGUCCAGCCUGAGCCCCGUGUCUGUGACGGCCCAGGAGCCGCUCAAGCUGCACGCCGUGGUUCAGGGCCUGGGCCCCACCUUCAAGCUCACCCUUCACCUGCAGAACACGUCAACAGCCCGCCCCAUCCUGGGGCUGGUGGUCUGCUUCCUGUACAACGAGGUGCUCUAUGCUCUGCCCCGGGCCUUCUUCAAGGUCCCAUUGCUGGUGCCAGGGCUCAACUACCCCCUGGAGACCUUUGUGAAGAGUCUUAGUGACAAGGGCAUCUCAGACAUCAUCAAGGUGCUGGUGCUUCGAGAAGGCCAGAGCACACCCCUGCUGAGUGCCCACAUCAACAUGCCCAUGAGUGAGGGCCUGGCAGCUGCCUGACCCCAUGCUGGGGUUAAAGACCCAGUGGAACCAGAACCAGGAGGAUCCAGCCCCCUCCACUGCGCCGGGCAGAGUCCAUAGUCCCAGGUUCGCUCCCGUGCGGCCCCACGCCAGGCUGCCGCCUCCCUCCCCUCUCCUGGCGCCCCUCCCUCACUACCCCGACCACUGGGUGACCCGCAACACGGGUCAGUGAGCGCCUUCCUCCUCAGGAAAACCCAGGCGCUGAUCCUGUGGGCUCCUGCCACUCUGCUCUUGUCCCCACUUUCCCCCAGAAAGCACCCCCAGGUCCAAAGGAAAAGUUCUGCAGCACUUACGCUGAGAUAAGGGCAUAGGCCCCGCCUUCUUCUCUGCCGCUCUCCUUGGGCACGUCUCUUUGCUGCUGCUGCUGCAGAGUUGGCAGGGGCCUGGCCCCAGAUAGUCAGAGGCUUUUCUCGGGUGAGACUGAGCCCCCUGUUGCUCCCUGGGGUGCCAGAGGCUUGGCUCUUGCCAGCUCAGCUUACAGGCAAAGCACAUGCUCUAAUCUCCCCCUCUUUCUAUUCAGGGGCCCCAGGAAUAGUUGCCUUCCCACAGGGGCCCCUUCUGAAGUCUUGGGCUUAGCCAAGGUCUCAGGCCUGUGAUGCUCCAUAAAGAUCGCCAAGGAAGAGGCUGGCAUAGGAGGGCAGAGAGUGCCUGGGCAGGGAGCUAGGGGCCCCAGGAGAGGAAGGCUCAGCUCGAUAGAGGAAAGGUGGGGUCAGGGCACAUAGGAGGGGCAUCUCUGGGGUCCUGGGGAGGGGGCUUGGGAGGCAGAAGCCUAGAACUGCCAAACAAAAUGCUGUUCUAAGCCCUGGAGCCCAGGUCAGUCAGGUGAGUGGCAAGUCACUGGGCAGUGGCCAUAGUGUGUGAGAUACGCUAGAAAAGCAUAGGCCUUAGGUGUCAAGUCAGGGAUUGAACAAAGGUGCGUGUUAAGGUCUUAGGGGUCAGAGACGCACAGUCUGGGCCCAUGGUGCCUCCUAGAGCCCCCUAGCCAGUCUGCUUGGCUCACCUGCCGGUUGUCUCUUGGGUGAGUGCUCCCCACGGCCGCCCUGCGCCAUUGUAAGCCAGGAAUCCUGUCCACUGAGGAAGGACCUAUGUCUUCUGACCAGGUACAGCCUAGCAUGUGGCAGACAGCUUAGGCUUGUGGGAAGUAACCAAGUUUCUGUGUGUUUCCAUUUCCCCAAGUUUAAAAGGAGGCGGUUUGACUAGAUUCUGCUCUAAUAUCCUAGAGUUUGGCAGCCCCUGUAAAGAAACCAGGAGUCAACUCCAGAAAGGGGGUACUUGGCAGGAGUAAGCACAGAACUUUUGCUCUUGAGACCAAGGACCCCACAUUGAUUGAUUCUGCUGGACAACAGCCUCCAUGCUGGAGAUGGUGAGGGACAGGCCACAGCCACACUCUCCGCAGGGAAUGCAUUUGGGGUGAGGUUAAGAGAAUUAAGGGGUCUGGACCAAAGAAAGAACCCAUCCCCCUCCUGUCUGCAUGAUCUAGCCACUCGCAAACAUAGACCAGUUAGGUCGGGGUGGUCUGGGGUUCCUUGAUAAAGCUGACUGAGGCUCAGGGGGAAUGAGGGGGAAGUUCAAUAUGGAAAUGGAAAGACAGGUAGAGGGGGCAUCACUGUCAGACUUCAACCAAACCUGAAGCAUUUUCCAAGAGAGCUCAUCAGCGAUGGAAGGCCCUGCCCUUGUCACUGGAGCUGUGUCACUGUGGCGAGGCCAGAUGACCUUCCAGCCCCUUUCACCCCUGUGAAGUGAACUGUGUGAACUCAGAACGAAGUCUCACCUGGGUUCUCCUCGUAGUUAUCCAUGAUGAUGAAAGUGGAGAAACGAUCCCGAGGCCCAACCCCUAAUAUGAAUUUACAUGAUGUGA